AUGGUGACGUUCGACAGUGUGCCUCCUGACACCCCGGUGAUCGCCGCAGUACCGGCGCUGGUCUUUCGCAAUGUACAAACUGUGGUGCCAUUCGCGCUGCAAAUCUUCGCACUUGUCGUGUACGUAAUGAUUAUGGUCAGUGCCAGCCAUGUCCACCCGCGCGGUGUUAACGCCAUGCUCAUGAUCGUGGUGUUGUGCAUGCUGAUCGCCAGUCUGCUGAGGCGCAUCGCGCCCUAUAUGUUUAUCGAAGUCGGUCAUCAUCGCUACGAGCGUGUCUCGUCGACCGUUACGCGGCUGCUCCCCAACACGGGCGGGUCGUGGGUUGUGAUGCAGACGCUGGCGGUUGUCGCAGUGGGGCACCCGUUGUAUCUCCAUCUCUUCACACACUACUCCGAAAAGGGAAACCUCUACGCCCUCGCAAUGUUCGGCCUGCCCGGUACAUUGGGUGGGCUCGUCUUCGCCCUCUGUCUCGGCAUUUUGAUUUACGUGGGGCUGUUGGCGGUCGUCUUUGGAGUUCUCCUCCUGCCCGCUAUGGGCUACAACCCUUUUCACGUACGCGAGCCAGAGGACCGUAUGCGGGCAUGGAUUCAACUCAGCUCCUGGUUUCCUCUAGCACUACUGCUGCUGAUACUCUUCUGCGCCGGCUGUCUCCUGCCAUGCGAUGGAACGCAUGUGAACUACACUGCAACCUCUCCUCCGUAUACCUGCGGCAGCGGUGCCCACUGGUUUGCUGGCGUCUUCGCUUGGCUCUUGAUCGCCGUGUCUUUUGUAGGCUUCGACGUCGGCAUCGGCUUCCUUCGGAUGCUGGGUGGGAAAAACGUGCUGUACUACGCCCUGGAGCCUCGUCUUGACGGCCUCUUCUGCGAGUUGUUGGCGUGGGCGCUGAAGGCGACGGCGGUGGCAACGGGGUUUCUGACAUCGCUGGCUUCCUACGUCAUUACUGCGGUGACGUUCCUUGGUCUCUUUGCCUUUGCGCUGCGGUGUCACACCGCCACGGCGGAGUCAUUGGAAGCGAUUCUCCGAUGGACCAUGGCGGUGGUGGUGGUGACGUGCGUGAUGUCGUGCGUUAUGUCCAUCGGCUUCAUUCCAGCAAUGAUGCAGGGGCUUCUUAUCGUGCUAGUCUGGCUGCUCUCCGUAGGAUGUGUCGUCGUGCUCUACCACCGCCGGUUUGGCUGGAGGCUCUUCGGCAGCGGCGACGGUGUCACUGCAGACAUUAUCAUUUUGUAG